AUGUCAUUUUCCUAUACUUUCUAUUCACAGCUUCGGCAUUCCAGCGGCAUUGACAAAAGCAAACUUGGUCUUUCUGCCACUAGUCAAGCGCAUCCUGCUUCAUGUCUGGUUUCAACUAGUGCUACUAUGGCCUCCAGACUGAAGGCGAGUUCGACUUUUUCGCGCACUGAUACAGUUAGCAAAUUCCUGUGCCGCAGUGACACCCAGGACUUGGCUUGGACACAUCAUCUCGCCUCUGGGCAGUAUGCAUCUGCUGGAGUCACGCUUUUCGCCGAGGGGUUGCGCGAAACUCGCCUUAUCGGCCGCAGAAAGACUCUGCUUUCUCUCUCAAAGCUGGCUCAGCUUGCGGCAAAUGCUGCUCCACCUAGCGCCUCAGCUUCCUCUGCAGCCAACUGUCUUGACAACACCAUGAGCACUUUCUCCGAGUCUGAUCUGCCUGUAGAGCUGACCGAUAUUCACUAUCUGACGGAUAAAUUACUUGAAGUUAUCUCCGCUCAGGUAUCUUUAUAUCUCCUCAGAUCAGUUCCAACAAAUAGUUGCUUAUUUGUUUCGCUCAUCUAG